AUGAUUUGUUCAAAAUGCCACUGUGAUUUUUGUUAUAAUUGUGGAAAACGAAGAUUUGCAUUCAAAUUUUUAGGUUCACAUGAAAGUCGAUUAUCUCCUUUUGGAUGUAAAUAUAAUUUCUAUCCAGAUAAACCAGCUAUUCGUUAUACAGUUCGUGGAUUAGUUGCUGGUGCUGCAACAUUAGCAGCUCCAGUAGCAGCUGUUGGUGCUGUGGCAUUAUUAGCAGUUGGAACGACUAUUGGUGCACCUACUUAUGGAACAUAUCGAUUAGUUAAACAUAUACGUAAUAAACGACGUGCUCGUCGUUUUCAAGGUCGAACAGUAUCAUCAACAUCAGAUAUAAAUGACAAUGUUUCAACUAACAUAGAAGAUGAUGAUGAUAUCCUUCGAGCGAUGGAAGCAAGUUUAGAAACACAUAGAGAAGAAGAAGCAAAACGAAAUGGAAUUAAAUUACAUGUAGCUGAUAGUGAUGAUGACAGUUUUGAUGAUUAA